UGUACCACCAUGCAGGGCGACACGUAAACCCGACAAGCUCAUCUCUUUUUCUCUUUCUUUAUUAUUAUUAUUAUUAUUAUUUUCGCCCCACAAAAAAGGGACUCAUCAAUCUUUUCCUUCUUGACCAAUUCUCUCUGAAAUGAAACUCAAGAGAACAAAUCAUAUAAUAUAUAACGUAACAGAUCUCAAACCAAAACACAGUACUCUAAGUUCCUCUACAUACAUACAUAUACAUUAUAUAUAAAUGGUGAAGCUAGCGUCGGCUCGCGAUGCACGGGUGUACGGACCCCGGGGGUCUCGGAACCGAGGGGAAUACAUAAACGCGGGGCUGUAUCUGUUCGCGACGGUGGUGCUUCUGGGUGGGUUUGUGGCUCUGUUCUCGAGAGAGGCAAAGUCGAGCCUUGUGGUGCUGAUGAUGGCGCUGCUGCUGAUAUUGGCCGCCAACGUCCACGACCUGGUGGCUCAUCUGGCUGCCUACGAUUAUCGAUUGGGUUUGAUGGAGUACGAUUUGCAGCUCGUUCUCGUCGAGUUUGCCGUUCCUUUGCUUCAGGCCUUGGGCUCUCUUCUUUCCUUCUUGGGCAUUCUUUUUCUCUUUAUCCAGGAAGAGAAAGGUUAUGGGUACUCCAAGUUAGAGAAGCACACGCUGAACAUGCUCAUUGCCGGCCCUGUCCUAUGGCUAAUCGGUUCGAUCUACAACUCGUGCCAAAUAUACGAGAGAGCCGAUAGCCAUCUCCAAAUCUUGCAGCAGAGUGUCCACAUUCCUUUCUUGAUGGCCAGCGUUCUCUUCAUGACAGCCGCAAUCCUCAACCGCCGCGAGCAAGCCGGAGUUGAUCACCAUGGCUUAGAAUUAGUGGGUAUGACAUGGAUCUGGCUAGGCAUAUUUGGGAGCCUAUGUUUAGUGUUUGGGGGGUUCAUGAACGUGGUCAAAGUGUUCAAGAUGCAACAAGUUGAUGGUCUAAGGCUAGAGAAACUGAGAGGAGGAGCUCCAGAGAGACUUAUCCAAGCAAGGGAAGGGCAGAUCCCUUUCCUUCUUGAAAAUCACAGGAGGAGGAGGCAAUCAGCUGAGGAGGAAGUCAAAGUAUUGCCUGCCUCAACUACUCCUUACAAGGAUGUUCUUGUUGGUCAGUCUCAACCAUGAUUUCUGAUGUGUGUAUCUAUCUAUAUAUAUAUAUAUAGGUACCGGUUUGAGUCUUUUAAUACUUUG